ACAGCAGGUGCCAUAGAGGUGCCCACUGGGGACCAUCCCACAGCAGGUGCCAUAGAGGUGCCCACUGGGGACCAUCCCACAGCAGGUGCCAUAGAGGUACCCACUGAGAACAGCCAUCACUCACACAGCAGGUGCCAUAGAGGUGCCCACUGGGGAUCAUCCCACAGCAGGUGCCAUAGAGGUGCCCACUGGGGACCAUCCCACCGCAGGUGCCAUAGAGGUGCCACCUGGGGACCAUCAUGCAGUAGGUGCCAUAGAGGUGCCCACUGGGACCAUCAUGCAGUAGGUGCCAUAGAGGUGCCCACUGGGACCAGUCAUCACUCACCCCGCAGGUGCGGUGGAGAUGCUUUGGGGGGCCAUCACAGGGGGCGCUUGGCCUGUGGAGCCUCCGCUGGGUCUGACCCAGUACAGGGCUGGGGUCCUCAGGGGCCACCUCCGCUGGGUCUGGCCUGGGCCCUUGGGGUCUUGCCUGCAGCCAGGCAGAGAGCCUUGAAGGAGACCUUGCCCUGCAGCCACGAGGCCGGUGUGAGAAAGGACAAGGACGGGAACUGGAGGGAGGCCAGUGGAGGCUCAGCAGGGAGAAGAACCUGGAGGCCAUCAGACCUCCUGGAGGGCAGUGGGCACCCCUUGGCCUCCACUGCAAGGCUGGUGCCCGGGGCCAGGCCCCUCUUCCCCCAGCUGAGGGGGCUUGGGACGGGACGGGCCAUGGUGGGCAGGGCCGCCUGUGGGUCCAGAGCAGCAGCGCCCCAUCGCGGCUCCCGGGGAGUCCCUGAUUUGCUUGUGGCUCACAGGCUCCCGCCCCACUUUCCACCAGCUGCGAGGGGGGGAGUCAUGUUGGAAGAAGUUGUGAGCCGAGAGCCCCAGUCCUUGAAGACGACAGCCCUGAGAGUGUUCCACCUCCCGCUGGCCUGGUGCCGCUCCCUGAUCCAGAUCAGGUUUUCUCCCGGCGUUAAGAAGCUGUUUGCAGUGACUGCGGUCAGUGCUGUGUCGAUCCUUUUUCUGGCCCAUCACUUUAAAAGAAGAAGGGGAAAGAAAAAAAGGAAAGGGUUGCCAUGGGAACCCGGGCAUCUUGCCCUGGAGUGUGCCAAAACAGCAGCAUCUGAAAAAGGUUCCAGCUGUUCCAGCAGCCGGCAGAACCUGACCCUGUCUCUGAGCUCGGCCAAGGACCGCGGCUCCCAGUCCGGGCUCUGCCCCAACGGGGGCCUCUUCAGCAAGUGCUCCGGCUCCGCCCAGAGCCUGGCCUCGGUCCAGAGCGCCAAUUCCUGCCAUAGCUGUGCUUGUGGCAACUCCAGCUCCUGGGACAAAACGGACGAAGAGGAUCUAAAGCUGGUCAACAUCCCCGUGACCACGCCCGAGAACUUGUACCUGAUGGGUAUGGAGCUGUUUGAGGAGGCCCUGCGGCGGUGGGAGCAGGCCCUGACCUUCCGCAGCCGACAGGCCGAGGAUGAAGCCGGCUGCGGUGCCAUCAAGCUGGGAGCGGGUGACGCCAUCGCCGAGGAGAGCGUCGAAGACAUCAUCAGCGCCGAGUUCAUCCACAAGCUGGAGUCGCUGCUGCAGAGGGCUUACCGCCUCCAGGAGGAGUUUGAGGCCACGCUGGGGGCCUCGGAUCCCAGCUCUCUCGCCGACAUUGAUAGAGACACGGACAUCACUGUGCGGGCAGACGACCUGGGCCUCCGAGACUCGCUGAGCAUCGCCUCCACUGACUCCUUCGUUUCAGUCGCGGAGCUCACAGACCACCGGGAGGGGCGGCCCCCGUACAGCCUGGACGCCCUCUGCCGCUGCCCCUUGUACGAAGAGGCCAUGCACCUGGUGGAAGAGGGGAAAAUCUACUCCAGGGUCCUCAGAACUGAGAUGUUGGAGUGCCUGGGAGACAGUGACUUUCUGGCCAAGUUGCACUGUAUCCGGCAGGCUUUCCAGGUCAUUCUUUCAGAAACGGCCAACAGGACGUUUCUGGCCGAGAGCGGCAGGAAGAUUCUGUCGGCUUUAAUCGUGAAGGCGCGAAAGAACCCAAAGAAAUUUGAAGAUGUUUUUGAUGAAAUGAUCUGUUUUUUAGAGCAGACAGACCACUGGGAGAGCACCGAGGGGGAGCUGGCCGCCAGGGGGGUGAAAAAUCUCAAUUUCUAUGAUAUUGUCCUGGAUUUCAUACUAAUGGAUUCCUUUGAAGACUUGGAAAACCCGCCCACCUCCAUCCAGAACGUGGUCAAUAAUCGCUGGCUGAACUCCUCCUUCAAAGAAACCGCGGUGGCGUCCAGCUGCUGGUCAGUGCUCAAGCAGAAGAGGCAGCAGAUGAAGAUUCCGGAUGGCUUCUUUGCCCACUUCUAUGCCAUUUGUGAACACGUCAGUCCUGUCUUAGCCUGGGGCUUUUUGGGCCCGAGAAACUCCCUGUAUGAUUUAUGUUACUUCUUCAAGGACCAAGUCCUCUACUUCCUCAAAGACAUCUUUGACCUGGAGAAGGUCCGCUACUCGAGCAUGGAGACCCUGGCCGAGGACCUGAUGCAGCUGCUGAUGCGUCGCACCGAGCUCCUGAUGGCGUACCUGGGCACCGAUGCCCUGAGGCACGCCAACAGCUGCGUCAGUAGCCACGGCCACACUGUGUCCAGCGGCCUGGUGGAAGCCAGAGUCCAGUGAGGGGGGAGUGCUUGUGGCUGGGCCAUGGGGUAGAAUCUCGAGGGAUGAAUGAUGGAUGGAUGGACACGGGCUGGACAUGCCUGGGAGAGGGCCGUCAUCCCAUCUCCGAAAUGUGCGUUCUCCACAGUUGCUCUUGUGAGUGAAGGCCGCCCUUGGUCCCUGGAGGCAGUUGGUCAAGCCCCCAGAGGACUCAUUCUCCAAAGCCUUGCCACAGCAUAUGGCAGCCAGGUCGCUGCUUCGGCCCCGGGGCCCCCAGCUUCCCUUUGGGGUCCGCCAUCAUCCAUCAGGUCUCGGUGACCACGCAUUUCACUUUGUUGAAAAGGCAUCUGUACAUAUCCGCUGUCCAGUGAUGCAGGAAGUAGGAAUGAUCACAGUUAGGCGGUAGCAAUGUGCUGUGUGUGUCUUAAUUGCCGAGGGGCCGUGGCUCCUCCCGAGUGUUGGCGGGCUCCAUGUCUGAGAUUUGGCCCUUGUAUGUCUCCCCAGGGGAUUUCUCGGGCUGUUUGCUCCCAAUUCUGUGUGUUACAAUCAAGAGGGCAAAGCCCCCCACCCCCCUUCCUCCUUUCUCUAGGGUUCAGGUCAGCCCUUCAUGAGCUCCUGGGAGUGUCAGGUUGAGAUGCUGGUGGGAUUGUGUGAUCCCACGCAGGAAACGCCUCCCACGCCCUAGCACAGGACGGCUUCUGAUAGGGUUCCUGUAGGGAAAAGACCGACUUCUGGCAGAUUUCUUUUUCAUGAUGGCUGUUUUCCUCCAAAUUUCACCCGCGAAUAUUUCCAGUCCAAGGAGAUUUGGUCUCUUUAGAAUCCUCGAGAUGGCUGCACAAACCCUACCCUUCCUCCUACUUGCUGCUUCUUUGACUCAGUUAGCAGUGCUGGGAGAUGGGCGGGAGGCCCCUCCAGGGAGGGCCCUGUUGUCCCCAUCCAGUUCUUUUUUGUUCACCAUAAGGUGUUCUCUGCUUAGGUGACCUAGAGUGGUUUUAAAGCAGCAUUUUAGAUGAAAGUGCCUGAUUUCUCCUCUUUGAGGUGUCAGUGUGAAGCGUGGAAAUCAGAAUCAUGGUUCUUGAGUGAGACGGCAGAGCACUGACAUAACGAGGAUGGCUUCUGGAACAGGACAGCGGGACAUGGCGAACACUGGCGCUGGCCUAGGCUCGUCCGGCAGACAAGACGCCAGCUUCGCUCAGUUCUAGCUCCAUCCUCUGUGCCAUGAAGUUUUACUUGAGUUUUAUUGUUCUUUAUGCUGGGGCAGAAGUGGGUUGUACUUUAUGAACAACAUUUUGAAAUGUGAUUUUAUUUCCAUAAUGAUGAUUAUUAUUAUCAUCUGUUUUAGAAACCAAACUGAGGGGGGUGGGGAGGGAUUUGUAUAUUAUUUUUCUGUUUGACAAGAUUUGUCUGAAAUCCCUUUGGAAAGGCUGCGCUAUUUAAUGUUGCCCCAGAAUACUUCAGGUUGAUUUUGUCGGCCGGCACCUACAUAUAUAUGUUCAAUGAAAGCAUAUUCACUAUGUUUUCUCCCUUUUUGAAUUUUUGCUCCAAAAAUGUACAAUUAUAUGCAAGGGUUUGGAUUGUUAUGCAAGCGGUCGGAUGAUUCCCUUCCACGUUUCAGUGUGGUUGCUGUGGAAGGAAGUUGGUAAGCCCACCAGCUGCCUUUCCCACCGGAGGUUUUCUGUGUGGCCUUUGAUUCAAGGGAUGAUAGCGACCAAAUAGAAUUUCAGGGAUUUCCAUGUGGAAGAGUGCUCUCCUUUAGGAAGAGAGCGCUCUCGGCCUGAUGUUGGGAAGGGCCAGCUUUCUGAAAAAGGAUGUUUACGAGAGCAAAGGAGCUCGAGGGUCAAGAGUAUAAGUGUUCAUUUGCCUUAAAACAGGAUUCUAGAGACAAAGAAGGCCUUUUAAAACGUUAGAAGAGCAGCUGUUAGUAGCCUGAUCUCGAAUCUCCGUGGGGUAAAAGCCCAUCUUCCAAACUCGUUUUUUUGGUGUCGAAUGCAGAGAAACCACGUGUGAUCUCCAUCAGACACUGAUUUUUGGGUCCUCGGAGGUUUUUUGGGGAGCAUUCUGGAUCAGACGAUGGCUUUUCUUUUUUUCUUCAGUUUUUAAAAAUGGAAGAAGUCAGUGUUGAGGUGGUUUCCCGGGCUGUCUCUCCAUUCCCCACCACUAGCCAUAUGUAUCCCCCACUGACUUGAAAGGCCAGUCCUUUCCUUCUUGGAGGAUAACAUUUUGCGUGUUACGUUUGUUAUCAAAGAAGGAAAGAAGGGAAUACAUCUAAAACUCAGCCAGCAAACUUCCCGGGUGAACAAUCUGCAUACGACUCCGAGGACCCGGCGGCUCUUCAGGCUUAGGCAGUAGGAAUGCCAAAGAGAGACUUGCGACUUCUCCCCAGCCUUUCAUGCUCCGAAGCCAAGGUUUGCAUGUACCCCCUCUGGCCUCGGACGAGGAUUCCAUACGAGCAGCAGGAGUGCAUCCCCAGGUGGGCCUUGGAGGCAGGAUCGGAAAAGGGGCUCCUUGGGCUCUGCUCUGACUAGGGUGGGACUGGCGACGAGUGCAUCUGGCGGUGACGAGUGCGUCCGGUGGCGACGAGUGUGUCCGGCAGUGACGAGUGCGUCCAGUGGUGAUGAUGUCUGUUUGUCCUGACGACCGGGGCCCGUUUGGUGUAGUAGCCGAGGCAGCCAGUGCCAGGAGGCAGGGCUUUUUCUUGCCUACACGUAACAGUACGACCAUAUAACGAUGAAAUGCCACUGAAUAGAACCGUGACGGAAACGGCGUGCCCCCCUCCUCCCCGUCCCUGGAAGAGCUGGGAAGGUGUUUGUUACUGCCAAAUAAAGGACUGAUGGUACCUCUUA